AUGUCUCACGGGUUUGUCUCCACAGGUAACCUGCUCGUCAUCGUCGUCAUUCUGGCGCACCAGAAGAUGCGCACGACAACAAAUUUCUUUCUCGCUAACCUCGCCUUUGCCGACAUGUGCGUCGGCAUCUUCUGCGUCUAUCCCAACCUCUAUACGCGCCUGUGGAAGCACUGGCCGCUAGGAACGUUCAUGUGUCGACUCUACAACUUUGUGAUGGGCACCAGCUACACGGCGUCCGUUCUCAUCCUGGUCGUGAUAGCCAUCGAGCGCUACCUCGCCAUUCUCAUGCCGUUCAAGUGCCGUCAGCUUCUGACGCAACGUCGCCUCGUGGUAACAAUCGUCGUCAUCUGGGUGCUGGCGAUGAGUAACAAUGCAUGGAAGUUCGCACUGUCUCGCGUCAUCGUCAUCGGCGCUGACUUCCACCUGUGCUCACUGAACCACGAGUUCAUCUGGUACUACGACGUCGCCAACAUCGUCUUGUGGUACGUGACGCCGCUCUGCGUCAUCACGUUUAUCUACGUGCGCAUCUGUCUGACGCUGUGGCGCAGCGCCACCAGCCGCGCCGUCAACGUCGAGCUGCGCAACCUCAGCCGCGACGCGACGCGCGCGACGCGACUCUGCGUCGUCGACGCGCGCACGACGCACUGCGUCACCGAGAUAAGCGACGCCGACGAGCGACGCAACGGCGCCGUGACGCCGCGGGACGCCGUCGCCAUGCCAGCGCGGCGGGUGAAGAGCAUCGAGAGUUGCGCUGCGCGGAAGAAGCCGCCAGGGGCGCGGCGAGCGCCGGAUGAGACGGCCAUGUUGGCGCGCAAGCGCGUCGUUCGUCUGCUGAUCGUCGUCGUCGUCACGUUCGCCGUCUGCGUGCUGCCGUACCACGUCACCGUGCUGCUGCCCUUUCCGAUCUACUACAGAUGUCUGCCCGUGCUCACGGGCGUCAGCUUUGUGCUUCUCUACCUGCAGAGCGGGAUCAAUCCGGUACUGUACGCGAUCUUAUCCGACCGGUUCCGGACCAGCAUGAAGGAGGUGUUUCGCUGUCGACGCUCUCCACGCCCCAACCGCUCGUCGGCCUGCUACUCCUACACGACUGCGCCCACUACCGGCGGUAACUCUAGCAGUCUGUAG